AUGGCCAAUUCAACCGCCGGAAAUUGGUACCCAUCCACGGAUAUGGAUUCCCAGCAGGAUUAUGGCCUCAGACCUGGCUAUGGAGACUUUCAUCUGCCUUCCAGCCUUGGACAUUGUGAUGAUACCCAGACAAGCCAUGUCCCACAGGAUUUCACCUCCAUGGAGCAGUCCUAUGUUGGCCAGUUGGAUUCCAGAAAUGAUCCUCUCCGGAUGCUUGACUCACAGUCCUCCCCAGUUCAGUGCUCUGGGUCAAGAGCAUUUGUUUCUCUCUCAUACUGGGGUCCAGCUGUCCAUCAUUCAGCUGCAUACCCAAAUUGUCUCACAUCUCUUCCAGAGUCCCGUCCUGUUGAACAAGCAGUCCAGUCGCAAGCUCCAGAUCGAUGGCUUCAGACACAAAUCUGCCAGGCCUACACUAAUAAUGCUGGACUUAUUAAUGCCAGUGAGACUUCGAACCUGGACAUAUCCUGUCUUGUCACAGACGCUUCCGGCCAAGUUCUUCAAUCGUCGGAAAAUCUGAACUUUAAAAACCAGCGACUUCCCAAUGGUAUUCCGCGUAUUCGAGUCGGCAACGGUGAAAUGCCCUGGCAAGAUAUGCUCAGGCAGAACUGGUUCAAUUCAUUGGAGUCACAAAGGUUUCAGCCGCAGCAAAUCGGUGGAUUUGCCGGUUCAUUCGUAGGAGAAUUCCCAGCAGGUCCGUCAAGAUCGACUGAUAAUUCUAGAUCGCCUACGCGCAAUUUCGCAGGUGCACAACAAACCAACUGGAUCCAUCAGAACCGUGAAAUCCAUUCCAGAGGCUCGCGCACAUCGGAAUUUUACAAUCGGUUGAACAGGUCCUCCGCCAUGCCGCGAGCGACUCAGGCCUUGACACCUAGCGCUGCUUCCACACAAUCGACCUUUGACUCCAUUCCGGGUUCUUUCAUCUGGGAUCCGGAAUCUGAUUCUCUGGUAGAAGAGACUAGAUCCAGACGUCCACAAAGCGAGGACCAAAAGGCUCACAGAAGGAAAGUCAGAAAUGCCGGAGGAGCAUGCACCCGAUGCAAAAAGUACCAUCGCAGGGUAUGUUGUUAA